AUGCCUCCCGGGAGAGUCGGUUUGUUUGGCGUUCGAGAAACGCUCGAAUAUCUGAUGGACUCGAACGCUUUCGUGGAAACGAGAGUGAAGAAAUACGGACCAAUUUUCAAGACGGCUUUUUUCUUCAAACCGACGAUCGCGUUCGGGUCGAAAGAAGCCGUGGAUGAGUUUAAAUCGUUCGAGGCGAGUUUACCGGCGGAUGAGGCGUUGCCGGAGACGUUCAGGGAGCUACACACGGAGUACGGCGCGUUGAAACAAAGCGGCGCGAAGCACAAAGCGACUCGGAAGAACUUUUCGAGAGUGUUGGGAAGAGAGGCUUUGGAAGCGUACGUGCCGGAAAUCGCGAUGCGAACGGAGGAAUUCGUAAAUAAGUUGAAGCAAAGGAAAGUGCCCUUGUUUCUUGGGAAAGAUAUCAAGCGGUUCGCGUUGAAGACGUUGUUUUAUCUGUUUUUGGGUAAAGUGCCCGAGGAUAGUAUUAUAGAGGAAAUGUAUUUGUACAACGCCGGAUUGUUGUCGUUGGGAAAGUUUGACCCGACGUUUAAGAAAGGGGAAAGCGCGUUGGAGAAACUGACGCAAUACGUGCUCGAAUACUAUCUGGAAAUUAAAAAAGACGAGGCAAAGUUGAACGCACCUGAACAUUUCUUUCUAAAACAGUACUCCGAGGCGACGGAUGAGUUUGGCGAUACAUUUUCGGACGAACGUGUCGCCGUGACGGUCGUUUUGAUGGUUUGGGGUUCGUACAUCGAGGCAGCUGCGUUAAUGGGACACUCGAUACGUAUUCUAGGCGAUAAAGAAAACGCGGAUGUUUUGAAAAAAGCGAAAGAAGAAGCGCGGGCGUUGCGAGAAGAAGAAGAACAGACGCUCUCCACGUUGGCGCAAAAAGGGAAAUAUUUGUUAGCGGUGUCCAAGGAAACGUUGAGAUUUCACCCACAAACCGCGGGUGGGUUGAGAGUAAACCCAACGGAUAGGACGUUUUGCGGGUACGACAUUCCUGCCGGUUACGUGUUAACCGCGGACCCGCGCAUCGCGUUCCUCGACGAAUCCGCCUUCUCCGAUCCGAAAGCGUUCAAUCCUUCGCGGUUCCUCGAAGCUUCCAAGAGCGAAGACCGUUUCUUCCCAGGCGGAAUGGGUCAACAUCAGUGUCCGGGGAUUAACUUAGCGACGACCAUGAACGUGAUUUUCUUGACCAAAUUCUUGACGACAUUUUCAUCUUGGACGCCGUCAGAAGGCAUGCCCGAGGAGGUUCCAUUGGUGCAAGUGCCGAUUGUUAUCAUAGCGGAUGAGUAUAGCGUAGACUUGAUGCAAUAA